UAAAGGAACUCAAUUUGGAUACGAAUGAAUACUCGGUAUUUUAUAUGGAUGUUUCUGUUUUCAUUCUGAGUAAUUUGAUCGAUUCUAUCGUGGAAAGAUACACUAUUUGAAUCAUGAAGAAUAAAGUAUCUCAAGAGCUGUUAUGAACCUGUGACUUUUUCUUCUUUUUUUUUCUGGAAUUGGAAGCAUUUGCAAACUGACCGUGUAAAUCAUGCGAGAGUUUGCUGGAGUUCAGUCACGCCGUCAACCGAGCGGCUCCGCUCCCAGGAUUUACCUGCCCUUCAUCUUACUGCUGCUCAUGUUCACUCCCAGUGUGGACUCGUCUUGGUGGUACAUUGGUGCGUUAGGUGCACGGGUCAUAUGUGACAACAUUCCAGGGCUGGUGAACAAGCAGAGGCAGCUCUGCCAAAGACACCCAGAUCUCAUGCAAUCCAUCGGAGAAGGAGCCAAAGAGUGGAUCCGAGAAUGCCAGCACCAGUUCCGACACCAUCGCUGGAACUGCAGCACGCUGGAGCGAGACCAUACUGUGUUUGGCCGCGUCAUGUUGCGCAGUAGCCGUGAAGCAGCAUUCGUUUAUGCGAUCUCCUCUGCCGGGGUGGUUUAUGCCAUCACCAGAGCAUGCAGUCAAGGAGAGCUGAAGAUCUGUCGCUGCGACACCAACAGGAGAGGCCGGACGAGCGAUGAAGAAGGCGACUUUGACUGGGGUGGCUGUAGCGACAACAUCAACUACGGCAUCAAGUUUGCCAAAGCUUUUGUGGACGCCAGAGAGAGGAUGGUCAAAGAUGCCAGAGCACUGAUGAAUCUGCACAACAACCGCUGUGGAAGAAUGGCAGUAAAGCGUUUUAUGAAGACUGAAUGCAAGUGUCAUGGAGUCAGUGGGUCAUGUGCUCUCAGGACAUGCUGGCUGGCUAUGUCUGAUUUCCGGCGAACAGGGGACUACUUGAGAAAGAAGUACAAUACUGCUGUGGAGGUCACCAUGAACCAGGAUGGUUCAGGCUUCAUGGUUGCUGACCGAGAUUACAAGAGAACGACCAAAAAUGAUCUAGUAUACACUGAGAACUCUCCAGACUAUUGUCUAAUGGACCGUUUGGCAGGUUCUCUGGGUACAGCAGGACGGGUGUGUAACAAGUCUUCCAGAGGCAUGGACGGCUGCGAGGUCAUGUGCUGCGGCCGUGGGUACGACACCACGCGUGUAAAUCGUGUGAGCAAAUGCGAGUGCAAGUUCAAGUGGUGCUGCGCUGUGGAGUGCAGGGACUGUGAGGAAACAGUGGACGUCCACACCUGUAAACCACAUAAGAAACCCGACUGGCUCGAUUUGACCUGACUGCCAUGACCAUGACCAAUCAGCAGCUACUGGUGCUUUUCUGUUCUCAGGUUUUUGAAGUGGGCCAACGCAUUGUGGAAUGUGUAGUUUCUGACUAUAACACUCUGAUCUCCACUUGCAGAACCCUGAACUUUACCCGCCUUCAAUGAUGCAAGCGCAGAGAUCACAGGCCAGUCUGGAGCACUGGUAGACGGUUGGUGUCAUGGGAAAUCAUACAAUGGGCAUUGUCUGGUGUUUAAUAGAAUGAACUGUGAUCAGGACACAAUCCUUUCACUAUUUUCAAACUGUAAACACCUUUUACUGAUAAUAUCUGUGCCUAUAUACAUCAAAUUAUGUUUUUGGACAGCUUUGAUAAAUGCAUUGAUGGAGUUUUAGGGAAAGAACAAUAUACAGCAUCAGUUCAAGAUUCCCAAAGAACAUAGCAACAAAUCGCAUUUCACGACAAGAACAAUUCCACUUCAUGGUCCAAAAUAAUACUUUGAAGGGUGCUGUAAAAAUGUUCAACAGUGAUAACUGUGCUUCCCAUUUACUUCAUGCACCAUCAUUUUGAUACACAACUUAUGCAUGAAAGAAUUUGAUCAAUGAUCAAUUUAUUUGGCGCUUUCGCACCGGAGGAACCUUUUCAUAGUUCCUAGAACUAUUGGCGGAAGUACCCGGUUUUUGGUGUGUUCACACCACAGGAACUAGAACGUAUUUUGUUCUAGAAACUCUGUUUUUGGGGAACUAAAUUAGCUCCUACUUCAGAGUAGAGACUAAAACAGUUCUAUAGGAACUACCAGUGUACGCUGGAAAACGGUCCAAGGGAGAAAUUGAUUCUCUAGGAACCACCAUGCUGGCUAGUUUCUAGAACAAAGUUCCUAGAACUAUGCGGCGCGAAAGUGCCUAUUGUGACAUCCCAUUGUCAUUGCAUAUCAGAGAAAUAUAUCUUUCAUGUUAUCUUUUUAAUAUCUAAGCACUUAAACAUCCCUUUGAAUAUGAGCACUUUUUUUUGGUUUGGUAGAGUUUGGUUCUAAAAACUUUAGAUCAGUAUCUCAAUAUUUUCCCUGAUGGAUUUUUCAGUGAAAUGUGAUGUUUAUUGAAAUAAAGAGUCCAAACCAUCAGAUACCAUGACCACAGACUGUUUGCACAGAAUUAGAUGAAUUUCGCACACAACAUACAAAAUUGUAUACUAAAAUCUGAUAGGUUCUGUGCAGUUUCUGAGAAUAAAAAAGGCAUAAAUUUGCUACAACAAGCUUGUUGAAUUAACCGGUUUUCAAUGCUUGUUGCAUCAAAUCUCUGAAAUACUUUGCGUUUGGGUUGAGAUAGUUAGUAGCAACUAUAAACCAGAUCUUCAAGAAAUAGCCAUUCAAAACAAAAAAAAAAAUGGAACUA